AUGAGCACAUUCGAGACCGACUGGAAAAACCUUCGCUGUUACUAUCAAAAGCUCACCAAGAUUGUGAUCAAAGAUGAAGAUGGCUCAGAGAUACGAAGGUUUGGCUUGGACACGCAGCCUGGAAAGAAGACGCCGGUUUAUAUCGAGGAUAUCGGCCCGUUUAAUGAAACGAUCUUAUCGACACAGGAGAAGAAGUUCCAUCUAGGCUUUCAACGUAUCCAAGUGUGUCUGUUCAACUCUCUCGGUAUCUUUACGCUGCACCGGAAAAGCGCCCUGUUGAGUCUGCAGUUCAAGGACCUGCAGAUCUCCCUCCAGAAGGAUCCCCGUGGAGGACCCGUCCCUAUGAUCGAACUUACUCCCGAAUGGACAAAAAAGUUUCUCGGUCUCACCAAAUUAACGACUUUUGCACUUCCCGAGAUCGUUUACGGGCCGUCUUUGGUGAUAUGCCCGCACACAUUGCUUUUUGGCGUCCUGUUUCAUGCGCGGGCGUUCCGGAAUCAGGGGCUGACUUCGAAGGCUCAGCUGCGGAAACUUUUCAUCAGCAAAGGCUGUGAGCAGCUCCUGAUGCCCAAGUCUGCGAUUUCCACCCUGCUAGUCACAUUUGGCGAGAUUCGCGCAUGGAAAGGGGCAUUUCACGCCCAUCAGUUCCGGUAUGGAAGUGGUAAAGUGAUCAACGAGAGUGGGUGGGUGAGCAAGGAGCAACAUAUGUUGAUCAUGAAGCAUGCCAGCCCCCGCAUCUUUCUCAACCACUAUCAUCCCCUGCAAAUCGACACUGACAUGAUCCGGGUGAUCUGUGGCCUUGACCCGGAUGUGGAACUGAUGCGAGCUGUUACACGGCAAAGCCGUUGGCGAGACACGCGACGCCCACGCUACUUGACCGGUCAACAAAGGGCACAGUUUGAAGAACAUCCUGAGUUGGAAGAGGCACGGCGCAACCUAGACAAUAUCCGCGCGCAGUACGAGGAGACCCAGGAACCCGGCCUGCUUCCUAGACUCCAGCAACGGGAGAAGGAGGUGAGAAAUACGCGAAAAAGGUUGCACCGGAGCUUACGGCAUGAGAUCCGAAAGAAAUUUGAUGAAGAGCAAGCGCUCCUGGAUAUCGAGGCGCAGCUCUCGGGUACCGCAGUCAAGGAAGAGAGCGAAGACUCACCCUUGGAAGACACCAUGCACCCCCUUCAGUUGCAUCUCGUGCAGAGUCUUUUUUCCUACCCUGUUUCUAACUCGUUGGAGGAUGAGUGA